GCGGCUGCAGAAGGAGCCAGCAUACUUAUGCGCCUGACACGGAUACUGUUCUGUCUUUACAGGAGGGAGAGAAACACAAGCUUGCUUUUCUCCGGUGUGACACCCCUCCCCCCUCCUCUGCCAUUUAUUCCACCUGGAUAUUUUUUGUGUUUUUCCCACGGAGAGGAUUACUUAAAAAAAUUAUCAAGUUCAUUUUGAUUCUUUUUUUCUCCCUUCCCUUCUUUGGACCUAUGAAAGAGAGAGAAUGUGCGGACUUUCGAGCGCCUCACUUGCACCACAGCGGACUAAAGGCUGAAUAACUGCAUUAUUCAUUUUUACGCACCGGUUUCUCUUGUCCUUACUCGUCUCUCUUGUUUCUCUCCGUUUUUCUUUCUUCCCCCCUUUUUUCUCGGAAAGGAGCUUCAAUAUUCUCCUUUGUUAUUACAGGGGAAGAGAAACAAACAAACAAACAAACAUAAGAACUGAUUCCCUCCCACUUGGAUGAGACUGAAAUAAUCUCCAUUCGCCUGCGAACAAAGUGAAGAGAACCACCAACAGUUUUUUGGGGGGUGGAGGGAUUAGCGCUGCACGGAUGGAGAAUAACCUCGUGACAAAACCAACCUGAUGGGGGCAUUUUGGCCGCUUCUGCCCUCUGGAGCUUUAUUCCCGUGCGCAACUUCGCUGGAAACGAACCAGUAUUUAUUCAUUGGCCCUUCGGAAGGUUGCUGAGCCGAGCUGUAGCCAGACGCACAGUGCUGGCCAUCAUCAUCACCAUCAUCAUCCCCUCUCCCUCCCCAUUUUCUACUCAUUGCUACUCCUCUUUCCUUCGAUCAGUUCCCCGCCUUAAAUAAAAAAGAGAGGAAAAACUCUGAGAAUGAUGGACUUAUUCCACCGUACUGGUGUCCGCCUUGCGCCCCUUUUCACGCCUUGGAGUCGCCGGACGCGCCGUGAAGAUCUCUGAAAGCUAUUUGCCUCCUCCCCCCACCCCCCAACCCCCUCUCUCUAUUUCCCCCUCUUUCUGCCUUCUUCUACCUUUCCCCCGCUCCCUCUCUAUCUCCCCUGCACCCAAAUGAACGUUUUCCCAUGGAGGUAGUACGGCUACCUUGGGGACCGAACGAGCAGCGGGGCGAUUUUUCCAAGCAAGAAGAGCCCGUCAGUAAGAGGCGCAUCGGGUGAAAUCGGACCUCCCUCCUUCUUCGCCUCUCCUCCGCUCCCUCCUCUGUUUCUCCAUCUCCGCCUCGCACCUCCACCUCUCCAGUUUGCUCGGCUCCCUACAUGGGGCUAUAGAGGACUGGGGGGAGACCUUGUUGCGCCCCUAUAACUGUCGGCUUCCGCUGGGAGGACUGUUUGCACGGCUCCAUCCAUGUCUCACCAAUGCUGCCCCGUGUCUCCAGAGGGAGCCGCAUUCAUCACCACCACAGCUUUGGGUUACUAAAUGGUUUUCUGGGGGAGGAUUUCUAACCGGCGAAAUGCUGCUCGUACUCCUGCUGGCAGCCUUUUCUUCUUCUAUCUCCGGCUCUCUCGCCUCCUCCCUUUCCUCCCCCUCAAUGUCGAACGGACCCCCGAUGGCAGACCCGUCCGCCCCGGACUUGCUGGCCGAGACCUGCGUCGCCUGCUCCUGCAUGUCGGUGGAAAACGUGCUGUAUGUCAACUGCGAGGAGAUCACCGUCUAUCGACCCACACAGCUCAUCCCUCCGACCUCGUCCCUCUACCACCUUAACUUCCAGAACAACUUUCUGAUCAUACUCUACCCAAACUCGUUCCUCAACUUCACCCACGCCGUCUCGCUGCACCUCGGGAACAAUAAACUGCAGAACAUCGAAGGUGGGGCCUUCAUGGGGAUGAGUGCGUUGAAACAGCUGCAUCUGAACAGCAAUGAGUUAAAGGUGCUGCGUGCGGACACUUUCCUAGGCAUAGAAAACUUGGAAUACCUUCAGGCUGACUACAACUUAAUACAAUACAUUGAGAAGGGAGCCUUUAACAAACUGCACAAGCUCAAAGUGCUGAUCCUGAAUGACAACCUCAUACAGGCACUCCCCGACAACAUAUUUCGCUUUGCCUCGCUCACACAUCUGGAUAUAAGAGGGAACAGGAUCCAGAAACUUCCCUAUUUGGGAGUUCUGGAGCACAUUGGACGCAUUGUAGAGCUGCAGCUGGAUGACAACCCCUGGAACUGUACCUGUGACUUAGCGCCUCUCAAAGCGUGGCUUGAAAACAUGCCCUAUAAUAUUUUUAUUGGCGAGGCCAUAUGUGAAACGCCAAGUGACUUGUACGGGAGGCUCCUGAAAGAAACCAACAAACAGGAGCUUUGUCCCAUGGGAACUGGAAGUGAAUUUGAUGUUAGGAUGCCACCUGCACAGCCCUCCAAAACGCCCCCAACUACUGUGGCUCCCAUAGCCACGAAAGCGCCAAAAACCACAGACUCAUCAAAGUUUUAUGGCAAUGGUAUUGUGGCUGGAAGGAAUAACCAGAUUGUUUCCUUUCAGCUGUGUCCACAGCCCUGCAGCUGCAAAGCCCACCCUUCUGACUUUGGCAUUAGCGUCAGCUGUCAGGAGAGGAAUAUUAAAAAUCUAGCUGAUCUUGUUCCCAAACCCCCAAAUGCCAAGAAGCUUCACCUGAGUGGGAAUUACAUCCGUGACAUCAAUCCGAGUGAUUUCCAAGGUUUUGAGGGCUUAGAUCUGCUGCAUCUUGGCAGCAAUCAGAUUGUCACAGUCCAGAAAGGUGUGUUUGCUAACCUCACUAACCUGAGGAGACUGUACUUAAACGGAAACCUGCUUGAACAGUUACACCCAGAGAUGUUUUUGGGCCUCACAAACCUACAGUACUUAUAUUUGGAAUACAAUGCCAUAAAGGAAAUCUUAGCAGGUACGUUUGAUUCCAUGCCGAACCUUCAACUCCUGUAUCUCAACAACAACGUUCUGCGGAGUCUCCCUGCUUAUGUGUUUGCGGGGAUCCCUUUAGCCAGACUCAAUCUGAAAAACAACCACUUCAUGACCCUGCCAGUGAGCGGUGUCUUGGACCAGCUGCGGUCACUGACCCAAAUAGACCUGGAAGGGAACCCGUGGGAGUGCUCAUGCGAUCUGGUCGCCCUCAAACUCUGGCUGCAGAAGCUAAGUGAUGGAGUGGCUGCCAAAGAGGUGAAAUGUGCCUCCCCUGUGCAGUUCGCCAACAUUGAGCUGCGCCUCUUAAAAAACGAGAUCCUGUGUCCUCGGAUGGCGAGGCCGCCAUUUAUUCAGACUGGCGCCACCCCUGUUUUGACAUCAGUGUCGCCUGCUGGAGUUGGCAAAGCACCACCGGGAGGGCCUGUGCCUCUCUCAAUUAUGAUCCUUAGCAUCCUCGUAGUGCUGAUCCUGACUGUGUUUGUGGCCUUCUGCCUUUUAGUCUUUGUCCUGAGGCGGAAUAAAAAACCGGUGGGCAGGCAGGAGGGGCUGGGGAACCAGGAGUGCGGCUCAAUGUCUUUGCAGCUUCGCCGCCACAGCCACAAAUCUGGCAAAAAAGGUUCUAUCCCCGGCGACGACUUGGGAGGCGAGACCUUCAUCCCUCAGACUAUCGAGCACAUCGGCAAGAGCCACACCUGCGGGAUCGGUCGCUCCUCAGACUUGGAUGCCGGCUUCAAAUUUGCAGACUCGCAGAGGCAGAAGAUCAUCCUGCGGAACAGCGCAGACAAGGAGAAAGACAUGCUUUCCACUCUGGAGCGCAACAAACGCCUCAGCACCAUUGACGAACUCGAGGAGUUUCUCCCCAACCGAGAGCCCAGCAUGUUCAUCCACAACUUCCUGGACAGCAAAAGAGAUUUCAACAGUAUAGGGAUGGGCGGAUAUGAAAUCCGCUACCCAGAGAAAACGCUGGAUAAAAAGAUGAAGAAGUCGUCGCUGAUAGGCGGGAACCACAGUAAGAUCGUUGUGGAGCAGAGGAAAAGCACAAACUACAGCAACAUUUCUAUUGACUGCAGCACCGAGCGUCUCCUGGGAUGCCGCCUUAAACUGUGUGUAGUUAUAGCCGCAAUCAUCCUUCUUCCUUUCCCCAAGCCUGCCCAUCAGCCCUGUUUGCCUGGGUCUGUCCAUCCAUCGUCUCAUCUGCCUGUCUUUCUCUUUGCUGUACCUGAGCACAAUUAUGAUCCAUAGCCUUCUCAGAUACAUUGUGAUUGAUUGGGCUUUCCAGCUAACUAAUGAAUUGGCCCCUCAAGGACAUGUAGCGGGCCAGCUCUGGUAAUAAUGUGGACUCUGCUGAAGGCAGCUCACAGACUCCUGACACCACAGAUUUAACGCUUACAGUGUUUAUUUGGAUUUGGCUUUUGCAGAGGCUUUGUUGGGCUUUCAUUUUUAAAUAGCUUCUAAUAGCCUUUUGCAUUUUGUCUUAUAGUGACAUGCUGCUGUAAAAUUAUGCUGUGUGUGUGUGUGUGUGUGUGUGUGUGAUUAUAUGGCAAAUAACUUAUUAAACAGGUGUCAGUUCACUAUUUCUAUAAUCCUUAAAAUGCUGAGUUUCCCCUAUUAAAUGUAUGCUCCAUGUGAAAGAUGUAGGUGGUAGCUCACAGUGAUGAACCUGCACCAUGUUUUCACCUGACUUCAGUUCCCAUCAGCUCUGCAGAGCCUUUUAAGCAUCUUUGCUUUCUCAUUGAGGUCAAUCUUGUUGCCAGCCAAAAAUGAAGACAAUAAAACAGCCGUAAACGACCCACACGGCACCAAAGAACCAAAAACCAUAAGCUGACUUAGUAAUGAUGACAAUGUGGUCACCUCAACAGUUGUUGGCCUUGUGUUUGUGUGUUGGGUAGAGUAGUGGUGCAGUGGUUAGCUGUGUCACCUUACAGCUCCAGGGUUCUGGGUUUCAGCUCAGGCCUGUCUGUGUGACUGAGUGUUCUCCUUUUGCUGCAUAGUCCAAAGACACGUCUGUCGAAAGUCUGGUUGAAUAUUUUAUUUUUGUUUUCAGCUCAUAGCGGUUUAAUAAUGAUUUAGCUAUUAGGUACCUCCUUUUGUAUUCACUGACUGAUUGUAGAUGAUAGGUUUUUACCUAUUGUUAACUUAUGCUGUUUAAAAUACCAUCCAGUCACCAGGCAUAUCUGUCUUUCUCACACAAUUGUCACACUUACCUUCCAGAUCAAGCAAAUUUUAAUAUGAGACAAAAAUAACCAAAGUAAAUACUAAAUGCAGCUUUUAAAAGAUGAUUUUAUUUAUUGAGAGAGAAAAGCUCCCCAACUCUAAUAAGCCCUGUGUGAAAAGGUAAUUGGUAAUUUUUCACAAAGCUAAGUUUGAGUAGCUGCACAUGGAGCUGGUUACUGCCGGAUCUGUUGAAUUAAAAACAAAAGAAACAAAAAGCAACACAUCACACCGUGAUCUAAAGUAACUAACAAGAAGAAAACUCAUUGACACCAAUCAGUCCUGAAAGUGUUUCAAAGUCAUUUCUAAGGGACUCAGGAAAAGAGUCAACAGUGUCAGUCCUGCUCAAACCAAAAUCAGGUUUCAGUGAUCUAUUCCAGUUCCAAACUGAAAUCCAAUUCAAAUGCUUUGGCAUGACCUUAAUCAGACAGUUCAUGCCUUAAAAUCCUCCAGCGUUGUGAAAGUCUCUUUGCCAGCUACCAGUUAUUAGGGUUAGGGGGCUUUUUAAAAAUGUGCAUAGAGCCAGGAAGGCUUGGAUCACUUUUUCCCUUAAUAAAUGAAAUCAUCAUUUAAAAAACACAUUUUGUAUUCCGGUUAUCUUUUUCGAAUGUUAUUUUUAUGUAAUCAUUAAUUUUUUUGGCAAUCUGAAACAAUCAACAAAAUAAGAAAUCAGGAAGAGGCCAAACUUUUACAACGCUUUAACAACAAUAUAUUUCUACACAGAUGUCAUGUAAAAGCUACAGUGUUGCCAACCUUUUGGUGUCCAUCCAUUACCGUGCUGAACAUGUUACACACAAUCACCUCUAUAACUGCACACACACACACACACACACACACACACACACACACAACAAUCAUAGUUUUUAAGCAUUUAUCAUUUGGUUUGAUGUGUUUAAAUCACUUGUUGAGUGCAAACUGAAGCAACACCUGCUGUGAUGGUUGUUCAUGCAACAACGAGUGAGUGGGAAUAAAAAUACUGACUAAAUGCAUUUCAGCCAUUUUAACUGUGCUUUUACUGUAAUGACUGCAGACAUCCAAACACGUUCAGACAGCUGUGUAGAAACACUGAUUCAUCACACGCAAAAAAAAAGGAAUUUAUUAAGAUUUUCUUUACUUUUUAAAAAUUUUUUUAACUUGAGGGUUAUACAUGAUUUGUGUUUAUUACGAUUAUAUGGUGAGAAAAAUGAUAAGGCAUGAUAAUAUUGACUAAAGAAAGAAAAACUAUUUCAAAUGGGGCUCGGGACAAGCCCUUAAGAUGAGAGAAGACUGAAUUAUACAGUACGUGAUGUCGUCGUAUCAUUUUAAACUGAUCUGUGGGCCAGUUGUCCGCUUGUGAGCUUUUCCCAGGUCCACUCAGCUGGACCACGUCUAAAGUCCCUGGAUGUCAGGGACCUUUGGAGGAGCUCGUGCAAACACUGAUUUACAAACUUAGUUUUUAAACUUUGCAGUUAUUUAAACUUUGCAGUUAUUUCUGUGGGAGGAAAAACUCACAUCAGACAGAAUCUAUGUUAAAUAAAGUCAGUGAUAUGUGAUCAUUUGAUCUGAUCAGAGAAAACAAAUUAUUUUUGAACCUACAAAGAAAUUGUUUUAGAUUUUUUGUUCCAUUUGUUAAUUAUUCAGGGCUGGUUCUGCUGUGCGCCUGUCGCUUGUAUUGAGAGUCUCUUUCUUUUUGCUUCAUGUCAGGUGGAGUUUCCCUGGUCAGAUUUGGAUUGGGUUGAACAUUUUACAACAAUGCCAUCUGCUUUUUUUUUAAUUAAAACCCACCUGAAAAUAUAAAAACUACAUCAUUCGCUCCUUAUUUCGUCUUUUUUUUGUUUGUUUGUUUUUUUACAGUAUAAUUGCAAAAAUAAUUGUAUUUGAAAAUAAGAAAAAUAAUCCACCUAGAGGUUACAAAAAGCAAAAAGUUGGGAUCUUAUGGCCAAUCACAAAGUAGAUGCAGCCCAAAAGCAUUCAAAUGGGGCCAAAAUGUACCAAACAAAGAUCGUCUCCUGCUCAGUAAAAGCCUGUGGGAUACCCACCAGGGACCUGAUCACUGAGUUCACAUCAACGCGGCUCAGAGCAAUCUCCCCAUAAACAUAUAAACUCGACUUCUUUUAAGCCAGAGGAAUAAUUCCAUACAAACUCUAAGUAAUUAACAAUAUACUUAAAUUCAUAUUCAUACAUAUACAGAUUAAUAAAAUGAGCUGGUUAUUUGUGAGAAUAUAAAAGUUUUAAUAAAUGUUUAUUUCAUAUUGUAAUGAAGGGUUAAGUUACUAGUUGAGUAUAUUGUGUUAUUGUAUCUGUAAAGUCACCAUCUAUACCUUAAAAAGCAUUUACUGAUGAAACUGAAAGGUCAGCAGGACCUUAAGACUCAAACACGUCUCCUUUGUCUUCACAGCAAUAAAAGGAAGCAGACAACACAGAGACAAACAGAAGAUACAAAUAUUUAUUAGAAGAUGCAAAUAUAACCCACGUGAAGUUUGUGCAGUAGUGAAAAGUAGAGUCUGAGUUCUUAGGACAGAAAGAGACUGAACAGCUGAAGACAAAAUGUUCUUUAACUUCGAGAUAUUGAAGCUUUUUCCUUUAAAAUAAAACAUGAACACAUGAAAACAUUUCAUUAGGCUUCAUAUUCAAAUGUGCAGACCAUAAACAACAUGUUCUUCAUACUGAAUUAAUAACACAAGUAAAUGUAGAUGUUAGAGGUUCUUUGGUUCCUCAGGUUCAGCUUUGCUCUGGUUUGUAGGUUCACGUCAGGUUAAACUGACUUAUGCUGCUAACUGACAACACACGAGGUUUAGAGUCAGCUUUAACCUGAGGAACAGAGUCUUCAACAUCCCACAGACAUUUUGCUGCAUUAUCAGCUUACCUUUUGUUUUAUAACAACCUUAUUCACAUUUUAUUUUAAAUGAAGAUGGUUCAGUGUAAACAUAUGGCUGCAUUCUGAGUAUGCACAGGACCGCGAGACCAAGUACAGCUCCGAUGUCACGAUUAAAUCUGUGGAUGAAAUGACUGUGAUGGACAUGAUUGUGGAUGGUGAGGCUCAGCCAUCUGACACAAUGGUGCCAGGAUCACAACUGUGCCCUCAGUGUCAACAUACCAUGGAGCCGAUCGUGGAUUUCAGGCGGCCCAGGGAGCACGGCCCCACUGACAUCAACAGAGCCCUAGUUGAGCUGGUCUGCAAGUUUAAGUUUCUUGGUGUGACCAUCACAGAGGACCUCAGAUGGUCCACACACACCAACAGCGAGGUUAGGAAGGCCCAGGUCUUUGGAUGCUCCACUGACAGCAUCCUGCUGUAUCAUCUGGUACAGAAGCUGCACCAUAGAUUAACCCAGAGAGGGAAGCUGAGUGCAUCAGGGGAGGUGAGUUUCCCAUCCUUCCAGGAGAAACAUGAGCUUGGAUGCAGUGCCGAGUCCAACACAUCAUUAAAGACGCUCACCACCCAAACCACGACCUGUUCCAGGCCCGUGAGAACUCCCAGCCUGGGAAACACUAUAAAUGUGUCCCCAGUCACACAAGCAGGAUCCAAGACAGUUAUUUUCCACCCGCUCUCAGGUUGCUAAACAAAUUAUGACCUGUUUAAUUAUUUAUUAUUACAAUUUUUUUUUUUUUUUUACCCACUUUUUGCUUUUGUAAAUCUGUAAAUCUGAAUCUAAAUCUAUAUCCUAAUUAAAGUGCCCUGUGGCUCCAACAUCAAUGAUUCUUUCUGUCUUUAAAAGGAGAGCCACUCUUCCUCCUUCAAACUAAGACUCUGGUCCUACACACAUUUAACCUUCAGCUGGGUUGUGUUACAUAGCUGUCACUUGUUUCACUCCUGUCCUUUGUAAAUGCCACGUAAGGAAUAGAUGCAAAAUACUGAAGUAACAACUAGCAGCUGCUUAAACUGACCAUUAAUUACAACAUGAAAUAAGUGUCCCUACAGUAUAUCAGCUGCAUAUGCAUAAAUGAGCACCCACUUUCUUAAUGGUUUAGUUGGAAUUUUCUAAAAAAUGCCAUAAACCAGUAACAGUUCCUAAAUAUUUGCUGUAGUACUUUUUUAAUAUAAGCCGUCACUUAUAGAGUAAUGCUCUCAUUAAACAUGCGAGUCUAUUAAUCAAGACUUAAUUCAUUAUAUUAACAUUACUUCUCCUUAAUGUGUCAUUUCAAAACAUGAAUAGUUAAGUGUUUACUGAUACCUUACUAAUGCUUAACAGUGUGCAGUUCUCAUAAAGUGUUAGUGAGUAAGUGUAAGCCAGCAGGCAACUGGCAGUCCAUACAAAAUGGACAUUAGUUUGCUUUCUGUUUAAAGCCUUUUCAUUUGGGUUUUUCAAGGACGUGGAGUUUGUAUUAGAGGUCGAUGUUAAUGCUAACCCUAACCUAAAGGUUAAAGAGGAGGGUGUGAAAAUGAAUCGCUGUGUUGCUCAUCACUUCACCUUUUGAGUCUUAUAUAAGACAUCAGGCACAUAUGACUUUAUUUGUUAUGGCA